UGGACAUUCAGAUAGUUAUAUGACUGUGACAGGGGGCUUUGUCUGUUCUAGUUAUUCUCACUUCCUCAUUUCCUCACCUCAUCGGCUCUCCUUGACUUUAGUCUUACUGCCACGGAUACCCCACACAAGUGGCCGAUCGACUCCCGCCUUACUACCUAAGCAUCCCAGCAGGCUUCUACUCUGAUCGGCUCCCACUGUCCUUCAGUUUCUCUUGGAUGGGAGCGCCUUGCUCCUUUCGAUUGUUAAACGAUGCAGUCGCCCAUGAUUUGCUGCCCGCUCAAGCAGACCAACGAGAUCGAUUGGGUGCAACCCCUCAAGGAUUACAUUAGGCAGAGCUAUGGUGAAGAUCCCGAACGAUACAGUCAAGAAUGCGCUACUCUAAACCGAUUGCGGCAGGACAUGAGGGGAGCUGGCAAGGACAGUGCGACCGGGCGCGAUUUGCUCUACCGAUAUUACGGACAGCUGGAGCUGUUGGAUCUGAGAUUCCCAGUUGACGAGAACCAUAUCAAAAUCUCAUUUACUUGGUAUGACGCCUUCACUCACAAGCCCACUUCCCAAUUCUCCCUCGCAUAUGAGAAGGCAUCCAUCAUCUUUAACAUCUCCGCCGUCUUAUCCUGCCAUGCCGCGAACCAGAACCGUGCCGAAGACGUCGGGCUCAAAACUGCAUACCACUCCUUCCAAGCAUCCGCGGGCAUGUUCACUUACAUCAACGAAAAUUUCCUGCAUGCGCCGUCCACGGAUCUCAGUCGGGACACCAUCAAGACCUUGAUCAACAUCACACUGGCACAGGGGCAGGAGGUUUUCCUAGAGAAACAGAUGGCUGAUAACAAAAAACCUGGAUUGUUGGCUAAACUGGCGAGCCAAGCGGCGUAUCUGUACACUCAGGCGGGAGACGCGAUGCAAGACUUUGUCUCCAAGGGUGUCUUUGAGAAGGCGUGGUCGAUCCUCGUUCAAGCCAAGGCAGCACACAUGGGAUCUCUAGCAUCCUACUAUCAAGCGAUUGCAGAAGAGGAGAGUGGGUCGUAUGGGAUGGCUGUCUCCAGGCUUACGCUUGCUGAGAAGCAGUCUACAACCGCGCUUGGAUGGGCCAAAGCUUUUCCCUCUUCGCCUCCAGCGUGUUCCAAUCUCAGUUCUGAAGCAGGGACGAGUCUAACAGACAUUGUGAAACACCAUCUCGUGAAUGUACAGGCCCGUCUGUCCAGCUUGACCAAGGACAACGAUUUCAUCUAUCAUCAAGCCGUACCGAAUGAAGUUGGGUUGCCUGUCGUUGCGAAGCUCCCUGCAGCAAAGGCCAUCCCUGUCAGUGAACUCUAUCAGGGACAGGACAUCCAGCGGAUUAUCGGGCCCGAUAUCUUCCAGAAACUUGUUCCUAUGUCUGUCACCGAGGCGGCAAGUCUGUACGAUGAGGAAAAGGCUAAACUAGUCCGCGCAGAGACAGAGAAGGUCGAGGUGGCCAAUAGCGAAAUGGCAGCUAGUCUUGAUUAUCUGAAACUCCCUGGCAGCCUUAAUAUCCUGAAGGGUGGGAUUGAUCAAGAGGUGACCGUUGACGAGGAGUUUCGAGGCUGGUGCCAGGACAUGGCAGGACAUGAACCAUUCUUCAAGGCGCUUGAUGAACUACAAGAACGUAAAGCUGGUGUAUUAUCUCAACUAGACCAAUGCACUAAGCAGUUGGACCUGGAAGAGAGCGUGUGCGAAAAGAUGCGCUCUAAGUAUGGGGCCGAUUGGAGUCAGCAGCCCAGCGCAAGGUUAAACACGACCCUUCGCAGUGAUAUCCGAAACUAUCGGGAUACAAUCAAUGAGGCGAGCGCAAGUGACUCCCAACUUCUCAGUACCAUCCGACAGUACCAGUCCGAUUUCGAUGAGAUGCGUAUUGCCGGUGAGAGCGACGAGGCGGAUGUCCUCUUCCAGCAGGCAAUGAUCAAAGCUGGUUCAAAGCAAGGCAAGAAGAGUUUCCCUCUUGGACCGGAGGGCACGCUGCUUGACGAUGUGUACGAUGAGGGCAAGUUGUCGGUGACACAGCAGAUCGCUAAAGUGGAGGAGAUACUGAAAAAAUUGAACCUGAUCAAGCGGGAAAGGACACAGGUAUUGAAGGAUUUGAAGGAAAAGGUUCGCGAAGAUGAUAUCUCCAAUGUUUUGAUUUUAAAUAAAAAGUCGAUCGCCGGACAGGAAAGUCAGCUCUUUGAAGCCGAACUGGAGAAGUUCAGGCCGCACCAGAACCGCCUACUGCAGGCGAGUCAUAAACAAGCCUCUUUAAUGAAAGAACUUACGAAGACGUAUGGCGACUUGCUGCAGGACAAGCGAGUACGCGCUGAACAGUCGAAGUACGAAACCGUUGCCCGACAACACAGUACGGUCAUGGCCCGAUACAAGAAGGUUCAUGUUGCAUUCAACGACCUCAUUUCUGGGAUUGAUCAGGCGCAGACGUUUUACACGGAGAUGGCCGAAACCGUGGAGAGUCUGAACAAGAAUGUCGAGUCGUUCAUCAACAACCGACGGGCAGAAGGGGCAAAACUCCUGGGUGACAUUGAGCGCGAAAGAGCAAACGGAGCAGCGGAACAGGAAGAUCGGGAACGUGAGAAACUGAGACUAAUGAUGGAGCGUCUGUCGACCGAACAAAAGCCCCCAUCCACUGGACCGUCAACGGCCAAAUCUCCACCACCUGGCCCAGCCAAGACGUCCCCGUAUCCGGGGGCGACGAGAUCACCGCCGUUGUCGUCGCCGCAUUAUAACCCCGCUGCGCCAGCGCAACACUCAGCCCCCGUCUCCAACUCUCCAGCUCCGUAUGGACAGUACAUGGGCCCGGCCGGUGGUGUCUCCUACAUACCAGGCCAGCCGUUCCAGCAGGGCGCGGCGACUCCAUUAUCGGAAGCGUACAACCCAAUGACCUACCCGUACAGCGCCCCUAUUUCUCCUCCUCCAAAUCAGCAAUUCUUCUCGCAACCUCCGAACCCUUACGGUGGGUACUCGAGCCCGCCCAAUAUCGCACCAGGACCGACAGCCUCCUUCAUUCCUCCAGGUUACGUCCCUCCUCCACCUCCUCCCCGACCCCAACAACCCGGAUAUCCGGCGGCUACGGGACCCUAUCCUUCAGGACCGGGUAGCUACGCACCAGGUAGGCCGUACGGGACGAGUCAGCAGUACCAGGGUCAACCGCAAGCACAGCAGUUACAGUGGCAGUCCCCACCGCAACCGCAAGGGCAAUCGCAAGCACAGACCAACGAUCCGUGGGCUGGAUUAAGUGCAUGGAAAUGAAUUCGGCAUCGGUGGAGAGGAACGAAGCUAGGUUUGACUUUGUGAUGACAAUGGCAAAAAAGGUUAAGUUGAAAUCGAAGGUUGAGACCAGACAACCGACUCUUAUUGGCCUUUUUAUAUAUAGUAUAGUUGUAUAUACCCGUUGAACGUGAACUUGACAGUAUCGAGCAGGACGAGGACCUGUUUUGAGACUUUCAGGGUUCAUGCAUGAAAUGAGAUGAUUUGUCC